AUGAGAUUUCCUUCAUCUAUUCUACCCCAAGCUGCCUUGAUUUCCGUGGUCGUCCUCUCCGGUGCGUUUGAACAUUUCUGCUAGCAAUUGACAUACAGCCAAUACUUGUCAAACAUGCCGUUUUAUUUAACUGUACACGCUGGCGAUCAUUCAAUGGGCUCGGUAUCUGCUCCUGUCCUAUCCAACUGUAAGAUAUAAUCUCGCAUUUCGACAUCUCGUAAUCAGUCUGCUAAACACAUGCUGAUACAUUUUAAUCUGCCCAUGUCCGCACUAAUUUCAGUACGCACACAAGAAAUUUGCAAAGGUGAUCACACAGAUUGCUUGCCUCUGGCCUACACCACUGGAGAUGAGAGCAACGACGCAAGCUGUCGCGAGGAAUGUGCAAGACAACGAGGUCUGUACUUUCUUCUAAGCGAUUCUCCACUAUUCCCGUUGUAAUUGUACACGUUUUGCGCGGCGUUCGUGAUUACCCGCUCGUCCAGACCACAAAAAGUAAUAAAGCGCUUCUUUCUUUGUCUCAAGCGGGCCUAACUGAGAGGACGACAGCCUACUAUUGUGACGAAUUUGGCCAACCGUGUAGUGUGUACGAAGUCUAUGGAAGAAGAGGCGACGAUAAAAUCUUUGAAAGGCAUGUGAUGUGUGUUCUGAUGUGUCAGUUGGUGGGACAGGGUAAGCAGUGUUGCGAUACUCAUUUCCUUUACGCGAUUUUGCGCUCUGUUUUCGUAUUAAACAAUGUUAAAUAAACAAAUUUGCUCCGGAACUUGGCUUGGUGAAAAGCUGUUCAUUUUGUCUGACCUGUUUAGCGGAGAUCAGCACAUUAAAUCUUCUGCCCUCAAGCCCUCUUAAAUAUGAUUUUACGCCGUUGGUCCGUUCUUUGCCUGGAAAAUUAACCUGGAUUUUCGUAUUUUGCCAAGGUUACUAUGAUCUGAGUAUUUUAACGUUCUAAGUUCAAUGUCUGGACCGUGCCUAAUUUUUGACUGCAUAACAUCUUUAACACACGUCUCUCGAGUGGACCACAUAGAUUUAACAUAUGUACGUCAAAUUUCAUAAGCUUCUUUACAUGCACACGCAAUAAAGAUCAGCACAAUGUUGAACUAUCGAUAUAGGCAUUGAUAGGUUUGACUAGCCAUCAAUUUAUGAUUAAUGUUCUAGUUAGUUACUGUUAGCCUGCUGUUCGGCGAUGCCGUUCCAUCCAGGCUGCGGUGGUUACCAUAUUUCUGGUCAUAUCUAAGGGACAAGUACAAAAUUUGCAAAUGCUGGUCAAUAAGAAUCGUCCUCAAUUCUUUGAUGUUCCUUGUUUGUGACGUAAAUAAUGCCUACUACCAGAAAAUAGGGAGAAAAAAAAUCAACCACAGUUAUUUCACUUUGAUCGAAAAUGACGCAGGCAGUUACUUUUUACGCUGGUGGAGAGCAAUAUAUGUGUGAUUCACAUCGCAAUGUCAUAUUCCUCAGACCAUUAUACUGUUAGCGCUCUAACAUUCUGAAUAUGAUGAUAGGCCCAUGCUGACUUUUACCACAUUCCUGACCAUUAUUGCAGUUGUUGAGUGUCUGACGUCAUUAAGCAGAGUCUAGCAGAUGCGUCUAGUUAACGAAACGAGCCUACGAUUAUGAGCACAUUUAGAAUGACAAAGGGCCCUGUGUUCUGUCACACGAGGCUACUAAAACACGUUGAGUGGUUCGAGGAUUUUCAAAGUGUUCUUAAUUUGCCCUGCUUCAGCUACAAGUAGAAGGUGACUUUCUGCACUUUCAAAAUACUGACAUUUAUUAAAUGCAAGAAUUUUCGAUUCGCGAAACAUUGACGAACGCUCAUUUGACUUGACGGAGAGCAUGCGCUCCUACUGUAUUUGAAUCAAAACCCGCUCAACUCGGUUCACAUUUUUCCUCCGUAUUAUAUAUUCUAUAAACACUCAAUUUUCGGUGAGGACUUUAUGCAUCUCAAAUGAAAUUUGGACUUAAUUCCUAUUUCCGUUCUCAUCGCCUAUGAUUUUGUCAUAUAGCCGCCUAGACGCUACUUUAUGAGGUCUUUGUUCAAAAAAAUUAAUAUUUAAUAUUCCGUAUUUUCAAUGCUGUGUUGGACGCAUUUCACGCUACCUGUAAACGUACGUUACCUCGCACACACGUCACUGCAUAAAUCCACUUGACGUAAACGGAUUUUCAUGUAGCUCAACGUUUACCGCUGCGCCGUCUCUUUACUGAAUCGUACCAUUUCGUUGUUAAGGCGUUUUUCGUUCAGAUGAAAUUCGAUUGGUUUUGAAGGCGCAUACUUCUUGCAUGUUAGAAAUUUUAUCCCUACUGUCUAGUGCCCCCCAAUGUCUUCGGUUGAAUGACAAAGCAUUCCGACCAAUAACGAGCCAGUAGCAAGUACAUUAUUGUUUGACUACGCCUACACGAAUCAAACCGCCAAUCGUUGACCUGUUGAUAAGAAAACUCGAUUUAUUGUGCUAUAGUAAAUAAAACCGAUAUCAUUAAUGCCGUUAGGAGAGCGUCCAGUGUCCUCUAUGACAACCGAUACAGGUAAAGCAAUGAUGAACAUUUAUUUCCUGAGUUAGACUUAUUCACGUUCCUACUGCCCAACGUUUUCGAUUAAAAUGCAUCUUUUUGCUGAUCAGGAGCACCCAGUCUGUUUGCGUUAAAUAACCACUAUACCUUUACAUUACACAGCCUCUUACAAAAUGUGA